CCUCCCUCUACUCCUCAUUGCCUUCCUCUUUCACCUCAUCCUUCUUCUUCUGUUCCUCUUCUCUGUAUCUAAUAUGUGAUUGUCUCCUCCACAGAUGGUGUAUCCCGAGAACUGCACAGCCGUCACUGAAAUUCUGCUCACCGGAUUUAAAGCUUUUGAAGGUUUCAGGAUCCCGAUGUUUGUUCUGUUUCUGAAUAUUUACCUUUUGAUUUGCUUUGAAAAUGUUUUGAUCAUCUACAUCAUUUUUAGUAGCGCUCGUCUCAAGGCGCUGAUGUUUUUCAUAAUUCAGAGCAUGUGCGUAUGUGAUCUGCUGAGCAUCUCAAAUAUUAUUCCAAAAUUCCUAAAUGACGUUCUUCAGGAGAGGCCGACCUUCACUGUCACUGGUUGCAUUUUACAAUUACAGUUGCAUGGGACUUCAGGAGUGAUCGGUUCUUUCCAUUAUGCUCUAAUGUCUUAUGAUCGAUAUUUGGCCGUUUGCCAUCCAUUGCGUUAUUCUUCUUUUGUUAAUAACAGAAUUUAUUUUCAUAUCAUCAUCGUAUUUUGGAUUAUUUCAAUUGCUUGUCCAGGUGUAAUAUGCGGGUUCGAGAGCCGGUUACAAUUUUGUGGCAAAGACACAAUUCACCAUUUCAUCUGUGAUGUUUCUCCAUUCCUGGACCUGGCCACCUCCGAUACAAUGCACAUCCGCCUCUCUUCUGUUGUAUUAAGUGCCUUUAUGAUAUUGGGCACAUUUUUGUCUGUUUUUGUAACGUACGUGUUUAUAAUUCACACAGUUCUUAAAAUUCCCUCAUCCCCCGGGAGGAAGAAGACCUUCUCUACAUGUAGCUCCCACCUCAUUGUGUUCUCCAUGCAGUACAGUCUCUCUCUUGGGGUCUAUGUUUUGCCAGCUAACGUAGUAACAAUCCAACUUACCAUCACUACCACUUUCAUACUGUUUUUCUGGACCCCCUUAGUAAACCCGCUGAUCUAUACAUUUAACAGUAAAGAGUUCCGUGCAGAAUGCCUGAAAAAGAUUAGGACAGUGGAUAGGAUAUUUUGACAUCACAUUUUCUUUGAACCAAUUAGACAUAUCAUUUUCUGGUCAUC